AAUCCACCCGGGCGUCCAUCUUGAAUACAGUAAGCCAACGGUGACUGACAGCAACGGAGAGAGAAAUCGCGAUAAAUUGAGUUCCGAGCGCUGUAAAAAGUCAACCGACCGCGAACACGGGGACAGUACAUAUUGAAGGAUUACAUUUAGUGACGCUGUCUGUCAAUUCCGUGUCGUUUUUGGCGUCAUAUUCCCGACGGGGCUGAUGAAGUUAUUUCAGAGGCUGUACGUGCUAAGCUUUAUUCAGCCGUCGACAUGUCUUAGUUUAAAACGACCGUUUGUGUUAACUACCUACCUUAGCAGUUCUGAAGCAGGUCGGGAAUUGCAGGUUUGAGUCAUUAACACCCGAAGGGAAUGUGGAUAUAGCGCGUUUGGCCAUAUUUAAGUCCUUCACUGUCAACUUGAGCUCGCGCGUGCGCUGAAUCGUGCGCGUGACCCCAUUUAUUUCACUUUAUCUAUGAUCUGUUGUACUACAUUUAUAUUUAAACAUAAGGCGAAGUAAGCGUGAUGUGGAAACAUCGUUUAGGGAUGUUAAUUCCAUUUUUAUCCCCGUAAGUGUGCAUGCAUUUAGUGUGCUGCCAUAGACUUUUCAGGUGAUUUGGCAGUUCCAUUGCAUUGACAACAAUAUUUCUAUCUAACAGUUAUAUGUUUUAUGGCGGGUUCUAUGCAUAGGCUGUCCAGUUGUUCUGAUCACUGGGGCUGGGAGCUGGCCCAUUUACUGAAAGAGCUUAUUGAACGGGCUCGUUUAUUCUGAGCGCGCGGCAGGGCAACAUUGUAUAGAUACAGUAUUCGCACGCAUUGGAAUUUCCUCGUUACUGAUAUGGGGUUUAAAGCAAACCGCAUGGACAGUCACAGAUCACUUUAUUUCUAAAAGCUCGUCUGCUUUGAAUGAACUCGAAUCACCAGUGGACCGUUUCUAAAUCGCCGAAUCGGAGGACUGUAAGCUGGCACUGGAUUUGUGCACUGCCAUAUAUCACUGACUCGGUGACAUGGAUGUGUUUCACUGACUGCUGAUCAGUGCUUCGAGGGGAAACUUGAAUGCAUAGACUUUUGGAUUUUGUAGGACAAGACAGAAGAUUGAAAAAUGGGACCUGCAACAAAGCUGGCUUUUGGAGUGUUCCUCAUUUCCUGCUCCUCAGGUGCCAUUCUCGGCCGAUCAGAGACACAAGAGUGUGUGUUCUACAACUACAACCCCAGCUUGGAGAACCGAGGAAACCGCAGCGGUAUUGAGUCUUGCGUGGGAGAGAAGGACAAGAGGCUUCAUUGCUUCGCAACUUGGCGAAAUGUGUCAGGAUCGGUUGAAAUAGUAAAGCAAGGCUGCUGGCUUGAUGAUGUCAACUGCUAUGACAGCACUGAGUGUGUUGAGAAGAAAGAGGACCCGGAUGUGUUCUUCUGCUGCUGUGAGGGAAACAUGUGCAACGAGAAAUUCUUCUACAACCCUGACAUGCAGCCAGUUCAGAGUAAGGCUCCCUUCAGCGACACAAACAGCAAAGUCUUUAAGGCAACAUCUAACCCCUUCACCCAGAAGCCACCACUGUUCAAUACGCUUCUGUACUCCAUCGUGCCCAUCAUGGGCAUCGCGGCCAUUGUCCUGCUAUCCUUCUGGAUGUAUCGACAUCACAAGCUGGCGUAUCCACCUGUUCUGGUGCCUACCCAGCACGCCUUUCAUAUAAUGAUAGAGGACCCUGGACCGAUGCCGCCGUCUCCCACCCUGGUCCAGAAGCCACUGCAGUUGUUGGAAAUCAAAGCUAGGGGGCGCUUUGGCUGUGUGUGGAAGGCUCAGCUGCUCAAUGACUAUGUGGCAGUGAAGAUUUUCCCCAUUCAGGACAAGCUGUCAUGGCAGAACGAGUAUGACAUUUAUAAUGUCCCCGGCAUGAGGCAUGAAAACAUUCUGCAGUUCAUCGGGGCAGAGAAGAGAGGAAGCAACCUAGACAUUGAGCUAUGGCUCAUCACGGCUUACCAUGAGAAGGGUUCCCUGACGGACUACCUAAAGGCAAAUGUAGUGACGUGGAAUGAGCUGUGUCACAUCGCUCAAACCAUGGCUCGGGGCCUGGCUUACUUGCACUCUGACUUCCCAGGACACAGGGACGGUCACAAACCGGCCAUCGCACACAGAGAUAUUAAGAGCAAGAACGUGCUGCUGAAGUCAAACCUGACGGCCUGUAUAGCUGACUUUGGUCUGGCUUUGAGGUUUGAGGCAGGAAAAUCAGCUGGGGACACACAUGGGCAGGUGGGAACCAGACGUUACAUGGCCCCAGAGGUGUUGGAGGGGGCCAUCAACUUCCAGCGAGAUGCUUUCCUCAGGAUAGACAUGUAUGCGGUGGGACUUGUGCUGUGGGAGCUGGCGGCCCGUUGCACGGCGUCUGAUGGUCCAGUGGACGAGUACAUGCUUCCGUUUGAGGAGGAGGUGGGCCAACACCCCACUCUAGAGGACAUGCAGGAGGUGGUGGUCCACAAAAAGCUUCGGCCCACUCUCAGGGAGUGCUGGCAGAAACAUGCGGGUCUGGCCAUGCUGUGCGAGACCAUAGAGGAGUGUUGGGACCACGAAGCUGAGGCGCGUCUCUCCGCGGGCUGCGUCGAGGAACGUGUGAUCCAAAUGCAGCGGCAGACCAGCGUCUCCGCCCCGGAGGAAAUAGUCACCGUUGUAACCAUGGUGACCAAUGUGGACUACCCCCCUAAGGAGUCCAGCCUAUGACUAGAGGAUAUCAGCAUGUGAAUUGCGGGCUGACCGAACAGAAAAAAACGCGUCGGAGAUGGUGGUGGACUGCUGUUCUGACGGCUGGCUUCAGACAUGCUGGAUGAUUGUCCUGUACUUACGGCUGGAGCGAAUGCAGACGAUGCAUUUUGUGCCGAAUCUGGGUUUAAUACAGGUUCACCUGGAGCCAGCUACGUUGUUGUAUGUGUGUGUAUAUAUAAACUAGUACCACGGGGCGCUCCGGUAAGGACGGACGGAUUAUAAGCCGACAUCAAAAACGAACCUCUGUUGUUGUCUUUUCUCCACUCAGAGAAUAAACUUUCCCAUUUGAGGAGUAAACGAGACUCCUCCUUCGCACGGCGCUCGUGUCAUUUCAGUAUAAAAAAGGGCAACGUCCAUGUAAAAAAAAGACACAUUUAAUGUGUUCGUAUGAAUGACUAUUGUAAUGCCAAUAAGAAACAGCUUUUUGAAUGUGUAGUGUGACGCUGCUGUACAGAUAUCAACAGAAAGGGUGACGAUACAACCCAAAUCAACAUGUGUUUCCUCUGAAAGCGUUCAGAGUUUCUGUCAGAUAACCACCAACCUCUCGACAAGGUAUACCUCAGUUUCUCAUCCUAAUAAUACGUUUGUUUUGUAACACUAUAUGAUAUAAAAAAAGAGGCUUUUCGAUGACCUCCAUUUGGCACGGAAGCUUUUUAAAUACAGGGAAAACUUUUUUUAUAUGACAGAUUAUGCCAAGAAACGAUGGCCAUUCAUAAACCAGUGUUCUGCCUUCUUUCUUUUAGUUGUUCUCUGUGUUGCCCUGCUGUUUAAAAUGUGAUACUUUUGUUUUUUUUUUUAGCAUUGUGACCGUUUGUUUGUUAAAACAAUUUUUGACCUUUAUCGAGACCUGUUGAGAAGAAAAAAUCCCUGAAAAUAUGAAUUUUGUGAAAAUAAUACAGAAGCACUUACCAAUAUAGGUUUGCGGUGUCCUCACAACAUUGACGUAUGUGCAUGCCUUGUUUUAUUUUCUUUACUUUUUUUUUUUUUGUUUUUCAAACCUUUGUUAUCAUGUGAAGCUUGUGCAUGAGAUCCCAUUAGCAGUCAUGGAAACCCCUUCAUAAUUCCUCAAUCUGAAGUAUUUCCUGUCUUCAGGGCGUCACUCUUGUUUUUCAUUUUCAUUUGGAAUCUUGGUCUUCUACGGUCUCCUCAUUGUCCGCUUCUGUCGCGCUGCGAGCCGCCCUUGUGCGCUGCGUUUGAACCAGCCUCCUCACGAGUGACACGUCAAACUGGUUUCAGAUCAGCAGCCGGGCGACCUUCUACACACUUCUAUAAGAACUGUAUCUCAGUAUGUCUCAGGAAGCGUUUCCCUUUGCUUUGAGCCCUCUGGUGCCAUUCUGGUGACCCUUGUUGUAUUAUGUAUGCAAGGGCCCUUAAUAUAACAACUUAUUAGUGUGGUCAUAUUAUGUGCAAUAACAUCCUAAGCAGGGACUGUUUCACAGCUCACAGGCCACUUCCAGUGUGGUUAAAAAAAAUACAAGCGCCUAGCAGUUUGCUUAGAGCAUAAUGUACAUCACAAAGUGAAGUCGAUGUCAGGCUAUGCAUAUGUUAUGACGCCCGGUUGUCUGAGAGUAUUAAGCUAAUAUUAUGCUGUAAUGGGGACCGAACACAUGCAGUAACUCUCUGCCGACACAGUCUUUCAAAAAAACAGCUUCUCUGCUGCUGCUCUUUGGCUUUGUUCACACUGCACUUAAAUCCAGUUUGAUUUUCAAAUCCGAUUUUUAGAUUCGACUGUCAUUUUGCGAUAAUUCUGCUUCAUUUGUUCAGACAGUGUAGUCAAAAUCUGUUCCAGAUGAAAUCUGAUCCGACUGUUCACACUGAAAAUGAUAUUAAUCUGACUUUGAUCUGAAUCAGAUUUGUAAAAAUCAGAUUUUUAUGAGGGUUAUUUUUCUCUUUCAGACUGCAAACAAAUAAACUGAUCCUAAAUUGGAUUUCUGCUACCUGUCUGAACAAGUCCUGAAAUCUGAUUCAGUUGCUCAUUUUGGUUCAUUUUGCUUUCAGUAAUAUAGUUACACUGCAUCGCAAAAGAGUGAAAAAUGAAUUGAGAUCUGAAUUGACAUUUUAAGCUGGACGCAUUUUUCUGAUUUUAAUCUGAUUUAAAACCACAUAUUCAUGUGAUUUGUAUCAGGUUUGUGUAAUCUGAUUUCAUGUGUUUUUUUCCUGUUUAGACGACAAACUAAACUGAUUUGAAUCAGAUACUAAAUCAUAUUCAUGCUGCCUGUCUGAACAAAUAAUCCAAUAUGAAUUGGUGGCUCAUUUGAGUUCAUUUUGCUUUCGAUACUAGUCAGAACACAUUUGUAAAAACCUGAUUUUAAUCUGAUUUCAAACCACAUAUGGCUGCAGUUUGAAUCUAGUUUGUAAACAGUGCAUUUCAUUUCUGAAACCGAUAUUAAUCGGACUUUAACCGCAGCCAUAUGUGGUUCAAAAUCAAAUUAAAAUCAGGUUUUUAGCACAUAUUUGAUUUGAAUCAGAUUUGUAAAAGUGAGUGUUUUUCCCAUUUCAGACUGCAAACCGAUUUGAAUCAGAUACUAAAUUGGAUUUCUGUUGCCUGUCUGAACAAGUCCAGAAAUAUGAUUCAGUGGCUCAUUUUGGUUCAUUUUGCUUUCAAUGUUGCAUUCAAAAAGAGUGAAAAAAUGGAUUGUGAUCUGAAUUGACAAUUUAGGCUGAACACAUUUUUCUGAUUUAAAACCACAUAUUCAUGUGAUUUGUAUCGGGUUUGUGUAAUCUAGUUUCAUGUGGGGGUUUUUUCCCGUUCAGACUACAAACGAUCAUAUUCAUGCUUAUAUUCAUGCUGCCUGAACAAAUAAUCCAAUAUGGUGGCUUAUUUUCAUUCAUUUUGCUUUCAAUACUAGUCACGUCACAUCCUAAAUGGUAAAAAAUUGAAUCGAGGUCUGAUCUGACCGUUCAGACGAAAAACCUGAUUUUAGUCUGAUUUCAAACCACACAUGGCUGUACUUUGAAUCCAGUUUAUAAACAUUGCAUUUUGUUUCUGAAACUGAUAUUAAUCUGAAUUCAAACCACAUAUUUGAUUUGAAUCAGUUUUUUUUAAAAUCUGAUUUUUGAGGGCUUUUUCCCUUUCAGACUACAAACAACUAAACUGAUUUGAAUCGGAUACUAAAUUGGAUUUCUGCUGACUGUCUGAACGAGUCCUGAAAUAUGAUUCAAUGGCUCAUUUUGAUUUCCAUAUUAGUUACAUUGCAUCCCAAAAGAGUGAAAAAUGAAUUGAGAUCUGAACUGACAAUUUCAUGUGUUUUUUCCUGUUCAGACUACAAACAACUAAAAUGAUUUGAAUUAUAUAUUUGCUGCCUGUUUGAACAAAUAAUCCAAUAUGAUUUGUUGGCUCAUUUGAGUUCAUUUUGCUUUCGAUUCUAGUCAUGUCACAUCCUAAAUGGUAAAAAAAUGAACUGACAUCCGAUCUGACCAUUCAGUCUCAACACGUUUGUGAGAACCUGAUUUUAAUAUGAUUUCAAACCACAUAUGGCUGUGGUUUGAAUCUAGUUUGUAAAUGGACCUUUUCAUGUUUGUGUUUUUUUUUUUUUUUUUUUUUUUU